AUGAAAAUACCAGCUGGAGUAACCAGUGGUUUUGUGCAUCAAUAUACUCAGUAUUCAUUCUCUAUACCUGCUACAUUAAUACGUCGAAAUCAUAACCGCGGGGGUCUUGUUCAAUCUUUCGGUAGGAUACAAGCAUUUGCGCCCCUUCGUCGCAACUAUUCGGAACUCCAUUCAAACACUUUGAAGAUCAAGGGAUUGAAUACGGAAAAGCGCGCAACUUUACUUCCUAACUCCGCUUGGAAAAGGUCGAGCGCUGCAACUUCCAUCUAUAAUCGAACCACAUCCUCAUUGUCACUCAGCUGCCUUGAAAAGCGCAAUACUUCGUGUGAAACGUCUUUGCGAACGCUUGUGCACAGCAGCUUAGGAAAUUGGGCUACCGUCUUACUCCUUACAUUCAUUAGCAGCGCAUUUCUCUAUACUUCAACAUACAGUCAGCCAAAGACACAUACACCCAGCCCACAACAGGUACAAAUUGAUCCCGAGCAAGAAUAUUCCGAAUAUUACAAAAUGACGGGCGAAACACUUCCAGGUCGAUCUGGCACUUUGACAGCACAUGAAGAAGAGAAAUUACGAGAAUUCUGGGUUGCCACCCUACAAGUCUUUGGCGUACUUGAUCCCCAAGCAGAUACCAACGGUACCAGUGGCGAUUCGGAAGUGAGCAAUGGUGUUGCAAAAUCGGAUACCUCGGCUCCCGAGAAACCUAAGAAGAAGAGAUUCUCUGCUCUGCGCAGGAAAAAUAAGGAUGAUGAUGCUGCAUCUACGAAAUCUGCAAGCGCUGCUUCGCGUAUCUCGAAUGCUUCGGAUGCGGAUGAUAAAUAUGGGCAAACCAAGGAAUUUCACGAUGCUUUGGCUAGUCUGCCACCGGCUUCGAUUCGUGCGACAUUCUGGAGUAUGGUGAAAUGCGAUCAUCCAGAUGCGCUUCUAUUGAGGUUCUUGAGAGCUAGAAAAUGGGAUGUGGAUAAGGCAUUGGUCAUGAUGAUUUCUACCAUGAGAUGGAGAGCUUCGGAUAUGCAUGUUGAUGAUGAUAUCGUGAAAAAUGGAGAAUUGGCUGCUCUUGAAGAUGAGAAGUCGACUAAUGCUGAUAAGAAGAGACACGCAGAAGGAUUCCUUAUGCAGAUGCGCUCGGGAAAGAGUUUCUUGCAUGGGCUAGACAAAGCCGGAAGACCAAUGUGCUUUGUGAGAGUUCGCUUACACAAACAAGGAGAGCAGUCGGAAGAGAGUUUGGAAAGAUACACAGUUUUCAUUAUAGAAUCUGCUAGGAUGUUAUUGGAACCACCAGUAGAUACUGCUUGUGUAGUAUUCGAUAUGACUGGAUUUUCUCUGGCAAAUAUGGAUUAUGGACCUGUCAAAUUCAUGAUUAAAUGCUUCGAAGCCAACUACCCUGAAAGUUUAGGCGUGGUCUUAGUCCACAGAGCACCAUGGGUCUUCCAAGGUACACUUCCAUCUCCCCCUCUACAAAAUCCUUUCACUAACUUCCCCAGGUAUCUGGAAAUAAUACGUGGCUGGCUAGACCCCGUCGUCGCCUCUAAAGUUCAAUUCACAAAUAACGUCGAAGAGAUGUCUGAAUUCGUUCCUCGUUCUCAAAUCCUCGCCGAACUCGGCGGCGACGAGAAUUGGGAAUACAAAUUCGUAGAACCAGUCCCCGGCGAAAAUGACUUGAUGAAAGAUACAGCAACCCGAGAUAAGCUCCUGAAAGAAAGAGAGAAUAUCGUGGAUGCGUAUGAGAAAGCUACACUGGAGUGGAUCAACUCGGAAGGAAAGACACCCGAAAUUAAGACUAGGAGGACCGAAUUGGCAAAGGAGCUCAGAGAUGAUUAUUGGAAAUUGGAUCCCUAUGUUAGGGCAAAGAGUCUGUAUGAUCGAACGGGCGUCAUUAAUCCAGGGGGGAAAUUGGAUUUUUACCCAAAGGCUAAGGGGGAAACGGCUCCUGCGGUUGCGGCGGCUGCGGCUGCUCCGGCGGUGGAAACUUCGGCGGAUGAUAUUGAUUAG